GGACCACGGCGUCACCAUCAAUAGGUUUUAUUGCUCAACGUUUCUUUUCUGAGGCACAGAAAAUGGAGUCUCGUAUUUUUUUAGACACCGUAGGCCAAAAUGUAGAUUUUAUUGAUGAGAGACAAUACAAUGCUGAGCUGGUAUUGCCAAAGCAGAGUAUAAGUAAAAUCGAAAAGAAAGAUGAGGUGAAAUUUUUCGGCCUGAGCCUGUGCUGCAAAGAAGUGCUCAGUGUCGUGAAUACUUUGCCUAUCAUCCGAAAAGAGUUCACAAAGGUUACAAUGCACUUGGACAACAUAACCGAACAAGUCGAAAAGGUAGUAGAAAACUCCUCUACUUGGAAAUUGGCAAAUAUGAAGCGGAAUACGGUGCUGAAUAUCAGUCCAGAACUGAAAGUCCGCCUAGACAACUGUACAAAACAAUCGCGACUGGCGAUGACUUCAAAUGUAGAUCAGCGCAUUGCACAUCCUACUGUAGAAAAAAUUCAUAAUAAGCUUAAAAGGAGCAAAGCUAAAAGCUCCAAAACUAAGGGAGGAGAUUGGGCUUACUUUCCUGCCUCAGAAGUCACAGAGGGAAUGCGGAACGAACUUAAAAUAAUUCAAAUGCGAUCGGUUUUAAACCCUAAACAAUUCUACAAGAAAAACGAUCGAAAAUGUCUUCCUACAUUUUUUCAAAUAGGAACUGUGCAACAUUCGGCUUUAGAACACGAUGAAGAAAAAAAGGCAAGAAAAAAUAUGUCUCUAGUUAAUGAAUUGCUUGAGGACAAGAGCUUUCAAAUCUUUAACAAAAGAAUAUUUAAUGAUGUGACUCAGCACACGGACAAAAGCAAAAAAUAUAAUAAAUAUUAGAAAUUUUUCUAUGCAUUCUAGGUAAAAUAUGAAUUUGACCUUUUAUAAGUAAGCUAAGUCAAAAACUCAUUUAAGAGUUUGUAAAAUACAAAAUUGUCAAUCUGCGAAUUAAAUAAAUUAAAAAAUGAAGAAAUUAAUGAAAUAUUUAAAAAAAUUGAAAUGUAAAUUGCAACGGUCGUAUUGUGGAAUAUGGCCUAAUCUUAAGUGAUCCAAUAGAUUUUAAACUGAAUUGGCACUUUGAGAAGCAGGCCAUAGAUAAUUUUUAGUACAUAUCAAGAUUGAGCACGCCCAAAUACGCUUGAUAUUCGUCUUCGUUGAGAUCAACAAAUUUAUCUUCAUGAGAUUUGACCACUAUCAUGGUAGUCUAUAAAUUAUACCUAAUAUAUAUACAUAUAUAAUAUAUAAAUAUAAAUAGUGCUUGAA